UCCGAAACAGUGAUCACAAUAAAUUGUCAAGCGUCAUAACUCUCUAGUCCAACGCAGUCAACCAAAAUAAAAUAACUAUCAGAAAAUAAUUUCCAAUAUCCUUUUCCUUUUCCAUUUGCAUCGCAGUGUUACGCUGUGAAUUCCAUGGGCAAGAACAAAACAUUUGAACAAAACAAACUAAUAACAGUAGAAUACAAGGUCGCAAUGUACUGCAACGAGUGUGAAAGAAUCGUUGCCAAAACCAUCAUCAAGUGUAAAGGAGUGGAAAAGUUCAUCACCGACAUGAACAAAAACCGGGUGGUGGUAACAGGUCGGAUUGAUCCCAUGAAAGUAAAGAAAAAACUUAAGAAGAAAACGGGAAAGAGAGUGGAGAUUGUGUGUAACAAGGAUGAAGAAGAGGCAAAAGAUGAAUCGCAUGAAUCUGAUAAACUUGUCGUAAUGUAUCAGUUCGCACUUGAAAAUGAUUGUUGCGUAGAGACCGAAGCCAUGAUGAUAUUCAGCGAUGAGAAUCCACAUGCAUGUGCACUAAUGUAAAAGGGGUUAUUCCAGAUUUUCAUUCCUUAUUCUUUGAUGUGUUGUUGUAUCAGUAGGAUCACCCUUUGACCCCAGAAAAUUCUCCUAAUUUUGUAUUCAUUCAUCGAACUGAAAACAAGACAUUAUCUUGAAAAAGAAAAACUUGAUUUGUUUACUCACAGAAGCAGCUUUUUAUCUUGAGGUUGUUGGCAUUGAAGGAUUGGCACACAUGUGAUGCAUUUUAUGGCUUGUCCUUCUCAAAUGCUCAAUUUACGCAUGCAAACUUUUACCCGUGCUUUCUAUUAAACUGAAAAGUCGCAUCAAAUUUGCACCAAACUCCAAUAAGGGCUAAGCACCGCACAUUCGUAGUGCGUUUCGUGAACCACAUGGCAUGAUCAAUUAUUUUACGCAUAAUGCGGGAUCUACUUGCCUUCUGCUUUUUAUAUUAGGUUUUAAGCAUGAACCUUCUAAUCUAAUGCAAGUACAUUACACGGCUGAUCUUAACUUUCUUUAAAUAUUAUACCACAUC